AUGUGGAGGUCCAAGGUCGAGGGCUGGGCCGAGAGCCAGUCAAUGCACGCCUUCCCUGGCUGUGGGAAGGCCUCGUGCGAGCCACCCAUCUUCCUGGAGCUGAGUUACUAUGGCACCUGUGCCGAGGAGCGCCCCAUUGUGCUGGUGGGCCAAGGCGUGACUUACGAUGCUGGAGGAUUGUGCCUGAAACAGAAACAUGAGCUCUUCCAUAUGCGUGGCGACAUGACCGGGGCCGCCGGUGUGGUGGCCUGUUGUCGAGCUGUGGCUGGCCUGCGUUUACCGGUCAACAUUCGCGGCCUGAUACCUCUUUGUGAAAACGUAGUGGGCUGCAAUUCGGUCCGUACUGGGGACAUGGUCAAGUCCAUGAACGGCAAGACCAUCGAGAUCCAGUGCACCGAUCACGAGGAUGUACUGGUCCUGGCAGACGCCCUGCUGUAUGCGCAAAACUUCUGUCCCAAGUGCAUCAUUGACGUCGGCACCUGCUCGGGCUACAUGCGCCAGGCCCUGGAUGAGUCGGCUGCGGGGGUCUUUACCAACUCGGAGAUCCUGUGGCAGCAGAUCAAGCACGCCAGCAUGCAUACCGGAGAUCGUGUGUGGCGCUUCCCAUUGUGGGAAUAUUACAGCAAGGCCGUGCGUGCCGGGGGACGCAGCGAUGUGCAGAACUAUGGCAUUGACCGAGGUGGACGUCCCUGCAAGGCCGCUGCCUUUCUCCGUGAGUUUGUGCCCUGUGGCCAGUGGAUGUAUAUUGAUGCCACAAAUGUUAUGGUGACAAAGGGCUUCGAAUACGAGUAUCUGCGCAAGGGAAUGGCCGGCCGCCCGACCCGAACACUGGUGGAGUUUAUUGCUCAGACGAUUUGCAAGGAUACGGCCCCACGUUUGGCCAAGUAA